UCUACUCCAGAACAAGAAAGGAACUAAAAUUACAAUCCAAGCCUGAAGAGUGAAGCCGGAAACCUCCCUUUGCUUUUCUCUCCCUUUUGUCCUUCUCUCUGCGUUCAAUGGCCGGUAUUGACGAUGGAGAAGUUGGAUUUGAAGAAGCACUUUCAUGCCUACCUUCUCAUGUUCUAGAUGAGGCUAUAUGGGACUCCAAGGAAUAUGUGAAGCAACACCACCACCAUCAAUAUCGCAGUCUUCCCAAAUUGCCUCUGGACCCACAUCCACAGCGCCCAAAAUCCAGCCCAAGACCAGAUUGUAGAACAAAAUACGCCACUAACUGGGCAUCAGGGGGCCCUGGAAUGCAAGCUGUUUUUCUAGAUUCUGGUAAAAAAUCAUCAGGGACCGGAGUUUUUCUUCCACAAAGGGCAGGAACCAACAUGGAAUCUAGCAAGAAGCCAGCUUGCGCUCCUGUUCUCCUCCCCGCACGUGUUGUUCAAGCUCUAAAUAUCAAUGUGCAUGAAAUAGGGUUGCACAUAACACCCCGGCAAGAUGCCAAAAAUAAAUCAAAAGGCAGAGACUGCAAUUCUUUCAAGAAGAAAAAUAGCAAGGACGUGUCAGCACAAUGCGCUGUUGCAAUAAAUAAUGAGAAUUCUUCACCAGAGAUAUUUCUUCCCAAAGAGUGGACUUAUUGAUCCCCAAAGGGGCUGCCAUAUCACAGUGCAUAAAAGCAAGAGCUCUCAUUAUGUUGUGCUGCUAAAUAUCUUGUACAAUGUAAAUUGAAUAAUAAUAACAGCACGCUAUCUCCUUUAUUGUUUA